AUGGCUGCUGCUCAAACCAACGCGCCUAUCGCGCUUAAGCGCCUCGAACAGAUCGCGACCGACGUGUGCAAUAGUGUCCUCGAGAGCGCCGAGUUCUACGAGCACCCCAAGACGACGCAAUGGAAUGAGACGAUCAUUAACAAAAUGCUCAAGGAAGUCAUGACGGAGGCUACACCAGAGGGUGCGACCUCGCCGGCGUACAAAUUCGCCAUUAACAGCACGAUCGUGCAACACGUGGUGCCGACAUCACAGUUGAACAAGCCCGCCGCACCCGCGGCAGAAGACGGUUCGGCUUCGUCGUCCACCAAGAAGGGCCAGGCCGGCCGGCGCGGCAUGCACAGCGCGACUGGUGGCUACUGGAACGAGAAGACGGACGGCAUGUGGAGCUUCAAGUGGGAUGGCGACGCCAAAGGCUUGGAUGUUGUCCUUAUGGUGAUCUGGAUUGCUGUCUAA